AUGGCACGGGUGGGACCCACACCCUUUAGAUCUUGUGGGUCAGAUUCCAAGUCCCCCGGAUGUCCCCUAAGUCUGAGACUCAAGUUCCGGAUUUUCCUUCUGCGAUCUGGGCACAACCACUCAGGCCAGAAGGAUGCUGUGGGGCUGGGGAGUGAGCUGAGGAAUGAGGUCAUGACCCUUUACUUGUUACGGAAACGACAGGCCAGCCAAGAAACAAGCACCACUCGGAGGCUUGAGCCAUUGAAGAGCGUACCCAGCAUCCCAGCAGAUCUCUCAGCAGUUGUGCUGGCUCUUGGACUCCUGUCUUCUGACAGAGUCACCACUGACGUCACUGAGGAUGACCCACGAUGGUUGGGGGCGUGGUGAAUUGGGCUUCUUAUGUCUUGGUUCCUUACUUGGUCUUUGAUAAUACCUUAUUCUUGCUUUCCAAAGCAUUUACCAGGUACGGCAGAAAUUCAAGAUGGAAAAACUUCCCAGACUCAUCAGAGUAAUUCCUUACAAAAUACAGAUGGGAAUUUUGGACAAAGUUUUAAAGAUUUUCCAGCUGUUCUAAAGAAUUAGAGGAGGAAUACUGUCUUUAUGUGCUUAGUUCUAUCAGCUUGUUCAGAAGCCUUAGUUACUACUGGAUUUGCUACAUUUUUACCUAAAUUUAUAGAAAAUCAAUUUGGAUUGUCUUCUAGCUCUGCAGCUACCCUUGGAGGGGCUGUUUUAGUUCCUGGAGCUGCUCUUGGUCAGAUUUUAGGUGGUGUCCUUGUUUCAAAACUCAAAAUGACGUGUAAAAACAUAAUGAAGUUUGCUUUGCUCACAUCCGUAGUUGCACUUACGCUGAGUUUUGUAUUUCUUUAUGCCAAAUGUGAAAAUGAGCCAUUUGCAGGUGUGUCUGAAUCAUAUAACAGGACAGGAGAACUGGGGAACCUGACCGCCCCUUGUAAAGCCAAUUGUCACUGCCUGCGGUCCUAUUAUUACCCUCUCUGUGGAGGAGAUGGAGUCCAGUAUUUCUCUCCCUGCUAUGCAGGUUGUGCGAGUUCCAUUUCCAAAACACAUCCGAAGGUAUAUUAUAACUGUUCGUGUAUUGAAAGGAAAAUAGAAAUAACACCUACUCCAUCAAGUUUUGCUUUUGAAGCUAAAGCAGGAAAAUGUCCAACUUGAUGUGCAAAUUUGCCCGUAUUUCUUGUCAUUUUCUUUGCUACAGUUGUGUUUACCUUUAUGGCUAGUACUCCUAUAACUGUGUCCAUCCUAAGUUAUGUGUGUGUUAAUCAUAAGCAACAGUCUCUAGCAUUGGGAAUACAGUGUAUGUUUCUUCAAAUAUUAGGCACAAUACUUGGACCCAUUAUAUUUGGCAUCACAAUAGACAGCACGUGUAUUCUCUGGGAUGUUAACGAAUGUGGAAUUAAAGGAGAUUGCUGGAUUUAUAAUAACAGCAAGAUGGCCCAUAUGCUAGUGGCCAUAAGUGUUACCUGUAAAGUUAUCACCAUUUUCUUCAUUGGGUUUGCAGUCUUCUUGUAUAAACCACCACCGUCAGGCACAGAUGUGCCCUUUCUAGAUCAGAAUACGGUUGUGACUACAGUUCCAUUAGAAUGUGACCUCAACAAAUUAGGAAAUGAAGACUGA